ACGAGCGAUAGCUCGCGGUGAGCAUCGAUCGGUAGCUAUCACUGUGUAAUCGAACAGCAAGAAUGGCCAAGGUUCUGCAGGCCGCUGUUGCUCUCCUGCUGGUGGAAGCGCUGCUGCUGCUAGCCCAUUGCGACGGCAGGGAGCUGAAAGCGAGCGGCGCGGCGGCGUCGGGCGGCGGUGCCGCCGCCAACGGUGGUGGUAGUAGCGGGGGCGACGAGAAGGCCACGGGCUUGCCGCUGAUCCCGCCGCUGCCGCCCGUGCUCGGCCCCGUGGUGCCGCUCCCGCCCGUCGUUCCUGGGAUCCCUCCGGCUCGUGAGUCCGACAAGUCUCCGUGAGUACGUGAGCGUGACCGUGCGCGAGCUAGGUCUGUAGGCCAAGCAUGGUGCCGCUCGGGGUGGCUCCUGCUCCUGAGCCGAACAAGUUGCCGCGUUCGCGUCUUUGUCAUGUACCUUUAUAGCUACCUUGCAUUUUCUGUUGCGUGGUGAUGUAUCUACGCGUCGCAGAUCGAGUUCGUGCUUUUGAGAUAAAAACCAGAAUUUGCAGCUCGUAGUACUAGUACUUUCGUUGAGACGUUGAUGUCCACGUACCUUAAUCGCAUCUAUUGAUACAUGGUCCAUAUAAAAAAUAUCAUUCUCACUCUUCCUAAA